UCAGAACACCUCAAGAAACACCAGCAGAGACCCACAGGGAAGAAAUCUCACUGCUGCUCUGACUGUGGGAAGAGUUAUUCAAGAUCAGAUUCACUAAAACUACACCUAAGAAUUCACACAGGAGAUAAUUCUCACUGCUGCUCUGACUGUGGGAAGAGAUUCACCUCUUCAGCAGACCUUAAAAAACAUAUGAGAAUCCAUACAGGAGAGAAACCUUAUAACUGUGAUCAAUGUGGGAAGAGUUUUACUCAUUCAAGUAAUCUGAAAGCACACCAGAGAAUACACACUGCAGAGAAACCUUAUAGCUGUGAUCAAUGUGGGAAGAGUUUUUCUAAAUCUAGCCAUCUGACUAUACACAAGAGAACACACACAGGAGAGAAACCUCACCACUGCUUUGACUGCGGAAAGAGUUACUCAAGAUCAGAUUCACUAAAAAUACACCAGAGAAUACACACUGGAGAAAAACCUUAUAGCUGUGAUCAGUGUGGGAAGAGUUUUAAUGAUACAAGUAGCCUGAAAACACACCAGAGAAUUCACACUGGAGAGAAACCUUAUGACUGUGAUCAGUGUGGGAAGAGUUUUAAUGAUACAAGUAGCCUGAAAACACACCAGAGAAUUCACACUGGAGAGAAACCUUAUAGCUGCUCUGACUGUGGGAAGACCUUUUCAAAAUCAUCUACAUUGCAAUCACACCAGAGAAUUCACACCGGAGAGAAACCUUUUAGCUGCUCCGACUGUGGGAAGAGCUUUUCAAAAUUAUAUACAUUACAAUCACACCAGAGAAUACACACAGGAGAGAAACCUUACAGCUGUGAUCAAUGUGGGAGGAGUUUUGUUACUUCUAGCCAGCUGACUAUACACCAGAGAACACACACAGGAGAGAAACCUUACCACUGCUCAGACUGUGGAAAGAGAUACUCUGGUAAAAGAUCUCUGAUUAUACAUCAGAAAAUACAUACAUGAAGGAGUUGUUUCAUGAUAUCAAUGAAAUAAUGUCACAAUGUGGAAGAACCCUUAAACGUUUUCCCCCUGUUCUAUUGAUUUCAGCGUGAUAUGGAUAUUAGCCUCAUCGGGGGAAUUGAAAAUGUACUAUUUAUGUGAUUAACAAAAUUGUGAUUAACAAAAACCGGUGUUGCGUUACACUUACCGCGUUGGCGAUCCACUUGAAUCAAAAUGCAACACUUCAAAAUGUAGCUAGCUGUUUUUUUUACAAAUUGUCGUGGUUUCAACGACUUUACAACAACUUCAUUUCAACGUACUUGCAGCCUAUAAAACUGGACGCAGUAUAAAAAAUGCGUCUAAGAACUGUUUUAUUAACAAUCUUACAUCACUUUAUUCCACUACUGAAGAAGCAUGACUCAAAUCACCUACUCAUAUUUCAAACA